CCAGACAGGCAGAGAGCCCGCUGUUUCAGGUCUCUCUAGCACCAAGAUCCAGCUUGACCUGUGGAGUUUCUUUUUGCAAAAGCCUAGGAACAUAGGAAGCUGCCAUAUCCUGAGUCAGACCAUUGGUCUAUCUAGCUCAGUAUUGUCUUCACAGACUGGCAGCGGCUUCUCCAAGGUCGCAGGCAGGAGUCUCUCUCAGACACGUGCACCGCAAGCUGAAAUGCCCGGGAAGGCACCGUGUCUGCGGAGAUAGGCGUGUUCUCUUUGCUGUGUUAGAUCUGGGAUGGCCAUCCACACCUGCGUGUCGCCUGCCCGUGUGAACCCUCAAGACUCUUUGAGUGGCCUAAGUCCCCAAAUGUGGGCGGAUGAAAGAUGACAGUCUGGAUGGAUGAAUGGGUCGGGCGGGCGAGGUGUAGAGGAGGAAAUGUCUUGUGGAUUAUUCUUCAGUAUGGAUGAGCAUCUCCGCUGAUUAGCAAGGUGUGUUCGGCGUGGGCUGUUUUCGUGGCAGCGGAAGAAAUGAAACGCAUCUUCGUUCCCAGGGGAAAAUCUCGUGACGGCUUCUUGGAUUAAUUGCUGUUGAAUCAUAGGCAUUCCUUGGCACCAGAGAUGUCCUCAGGGUCAGCGUCCACUCACGAGCCGUCCCCGUCUCCAGGUGCUCUUCAGCUUCCGGAAGGGCGCCGAAUGCGGGAACGCUCUCCUUCUCCGAUGAGAGGCUUUCUCAUCCCUAGCCCACUUCCGACCCGGAGGACCAGGACAUAUUCAGCGACAGCGAGAGCCUCUGAAGGGCCCACCUUCAAGGGUACAUGUAAGGUCUUCUGCCGUUCAAAGGGCCACGGUUUCAUCACUCCCAUGGACGGCGGGCCAGACAUCUUUGUGCACAUUUCUGACAUUGAAGGGGAAUAUGUCCUAGUGGCUGGCGAUGAGGUCAGCUACAAGGUCUGCACCAUCCCUCCGAAGAACGAGAAGCUGCAAGCCGUGGACGUGGUCAUAACCCACCUCGCUCCCGGAACGAAACACGAGACUUGGUCGGGACGCGUGCUCAGCUCCUAGGGCGCCCCCUCCUGUCCCCGAAGCUGCCUUGACCGGGAUUCGGAGAGUGACUUGCUGAGUUUCUUGUAUGUUGAGUGAGGUGAAACGUCAUUGUAACAGGGACUCCAAAGUGGCUAGAUUUACCUUUCUUUUUAAAAAAAAAGAAAAAAAAAGAAAAAAAAAAGAGCAACCACAAAGGCACAACACUAAGAAAAUGUGGCGGGGAAGAGGAAAUCUAGCUGUGUCUUGCGCCCGUCACCAGCUGGUGGCUCUGCUAUUUUGAAGGCCUUCGAAAGAGCCAACCAGAAUGGUGGCAUCUUUCCUCCAAAAGAGAGGACCAUGCCUUUGAGCCCCAUUAAAAAGCUUAUUUUAGUGGAGAUCACCAAAGGUACUGGCUUCUGAUGGUGUCUGGGUGUAUAUAAUUUCUCCGAUGAUUUUUUUGCUUUGCACCAGAGGUUUGCAAGUGUGAAAAUAGUGAGAAUGUGGCAAGGUUUCCCCCCCCGAUUGGUGGUGGAUAGUGUCAAAGACUAGAUUCCUGCAUCUGAGCGAAAGCCUUGGUAAAAAUCACCAAUGCUUCUGUGAGUUCACUUCUAGGUGCCUUCCGGUCUGUGUUUGUAGGGCCCACGUAGCCUUUUAUGGCAAGGAAGCAGAGGAGAAACCCGGGAUGUUUCACUUCUCUCGAUCUGUGCCUGAAAUUUUUACAAAAAGCUCCAGAAAAGCAUGCCUUGACUUUUCAUAUAUAAAAUUUGAUACAUAUGUUUCCUGUCUGCUGUGGUUGGUUAAUGAUUGGGCCGACACAUCACGUAGCCCAGUUCUUCUUCCCCAACUGGUUUGAGUUUUGCAUAUUCCCCUUUAACUGACGUAAUCGGCUGCACUAAGACGUAGUAGCAAACCUUGUCAUUUCUCUCUCUGCGUGUGGAGAUUAGAAGUUCCGCUGUCGGCUUUGCCAGAUACUGGUAACUGUAGUUUGCCCACAAUGCAGGAUUGGAACCCAGGGCUUGAUGCUGGUCUCCACACACAGAGGAAGGGGAGGUGGGUCUGUGAGUCUAGGCUCAGGACUGCUUUUGCUUGCCUUUAGGUUUGUAUGCAGUCAACGUAUUAUUUAUAGCUAUUGUGUUUGCGAUUAUGUCCAUGCUUAAUUGAUUAGUUUCCUGCCUCCCGGACAGUCUGUAGCAAAACUGUGUUUCACUUUCAUUUCAGUACUGGUUGUCUUUGCCUAGUAGAAAAUGUCUUGAACUUUGUAGCUGGAUUCUUUUUUUGUGGGGGGAAAGAAUAAACACAUUGGCAUGAAUCUUC